GUUGUGGGCGGGGCCAGGCGGGAUAAGCUUUCCCUUGGGUUCUUAGCUCCGCCCCCGUCCCUUUCCCUGCCCUGUUGCUGUUGCGCUGCUGCUGGCUGCUACCCCUGGACCCCCACCAUGGAAAAUAUAAUGGAAGAUCCCCCCACAUCAGCUGUCUUGCUGGAACACUGUCAUUUCUCUCAGGUCAUCUUUAACAAUGUGGAAAAGUUCUACGUCCCUGGAGGGGACAUCACAUGCUAUUACACCCUCACCCAGCAUUUCAUCCCCCGACGAAAGGAUUGGAUUGGCAUCUUUAGAGUGGGAUGGAAGACAACCCGUGAGUAUUACACCUUCAUGUGGGUUACUUUGCCUGUUGACAUGAACAACGAAUCAGCCAAACAGGAAGUCCAGUUCAAAGCUUACUACCUGCCUAAGGAUGAUGAGUAUUACCAGUUCUGCUAUGUGGAUCAAGAUGGAGUAGGAGAAGUGGAAGAGAUUGAAGAGCAAAAUAAGGAGCUUUGCAAAGAAAACCAGGAGCUGAAGGACAGCUGUGUCAGCCUCCAGAAGCAGAACUCAGACAUGCAGGCUGAGCUCCAAAGGAAGCAGGAAGAGCUAGAAACCCUCCAGAGCAUCAAUAAGAAGUUGGAACAGAAAGUGAAAGACCAGAAGGACUGUUGGGAGACAGAACUGCUUCAGCUGAAAGAACAAAACCAGAAGGUGUCCUUAGAAAAUGAAAAGAUGGGAAUCAGAGUGGAUCAGCUUCAGGCCCAGCUGUCAACUCAAGAGAAGGAAAUGGAGCAGCUUGUUCAGAGAGCUCAAGAUAAGACAGAACAGUUAGAGCGUCUGAAAAAGGAAAAUGGCCAACUCUUUCUCACUCUAACUGAACAGAGGGAGCACCAGAAGAAGCUCGAGCAGACAGUGGAGGAGAUGAAGCAAAAAGAAACCACUGCCCUGAAGAAGCAACAGGAGUUAAUGGACGAGAACUUUGACCUGUCAAGAAGACUGAGUGAGAACAAGAUUAUAUAUGAUGCUCUGCAGAGAGAUAAAGAGAGACUAGAAAAAGAAAAUGAUCUUUUGAAGAAGGAGAACAACAGAUUGCUCUGUUACAUGGGUCUGGAUUUUGACUCUUUGCCGCAUCACGUGCCUACUUCAGAGCAGGGAGGUGCAGGACAAAAUGCAGGACUUGCCUAUGGAAACCCAUAUUCUGGUAAGACAACUUUGCUGUUCCAACUGGAAGACCCCUGCCUGCAUCCCUUUCCCCCACUAAAUUUUUUUUCCCUGAAAUGCUAAUUAAAACCAGUCUCAUUGUUAAGACUUGCUGGGCAGAAGCUGAAGACCCAAUAGAAAGAUUGCCAGGCGAGAAGUGUUAAUUGAGAAAUAAAUCUGAAUCCAGAAGACGCAAAUCAGAUCAUUCGCCUGGAGGCAGCAGACACAAAUUGAGUCCCGAGGCUAUAGUCCAAAUGUAUAAAUCAGAGAAAUGUCUUUAUGGAGAAGAUAUACACAUACAAAGCUCAGGAAGCUAAUUAAGGCUUAAAAAUGGAAGCACGAGGGGCAGGUUAUGCUGCUGAGAAACUGGUGGUCCUGGCAGCCACUACAAUGGCCUGACCCAGAGUAGCAGGAGCAGGCUCCAUCCUGGGUGGUAGGAAGGAAAUGGGGGAGAAACCACGCUCAUCACUCAGGGGCUUUUGUGGUACCAUGUUCUUGCCAAACAGGGAGCUUUUCUCUUUUGUCUCCAAAAGCCAUAUGAGAUCUCAUUUGCUUUCUUAAAACAGUUUAAAGCAGUAAAAUUAUCUUAAAAAUCACA